CCUGUGUGAUGCACCUGCGCGGCCUGCAGGUAAGUUGCACGCGCUGGACCAGAAGACCGGAAGUGGUGAGACAGUGAAGGCUUGAUCAUGGAGCACUACAGGUACUUCAUCCUGAACCAGAAGGUGAUGGUGGUGUGGGGAAUCCUGCAGGUAGCCUGUGCCAGCUUGUGCGUCGUGUGUGGAUUUAUAGACGCCGUUUUCCGCAUGAGCACGACUCUCAGUGAAACCAGAGCUCCUCUGUGGGCAGGAACGAUGAUGGCCAUCCCUGGAGUGCUCGCACUUUUUGCCUCGCAAAGGAAAAACCCAACGCUGGUUACCGUCAUGAUUGUGUCAUCUGUCGUCUCUUACGUCGCCACUGUGAUCGUAUUCGUUUACGCCGGCGUGACGCUCAGCUACGGAGAAGAAGACGAUGAACUUUUCCACCCCAAACACAUCACUGAAGUGAAGUUUGUCCUGAGCCGUAUGGUGAAAGCAGCAAACAGCACUAUGGUGUUAUCAGGAGUCGGCGCGCUCGUGUUCUCCUCUCUCAUCACGUACGUGGGGUGUCGCAGUCUGCCGAUCUGUGGGUGCUAUGAUUCAGUCACAGGCAUGGAGAUGCUUGUUUCUCAGAAUGACCCAAGUGCUUCAGGUGAUCUGGUCUGUUCAUGGCACGGUGGAGACGAACGAGUGUUGAACUCUCCCAUAUCGUUUAUGGAGCGCUGCCCUGAACAGGAACAGGAACUCUCUGCACUUCCUCCAUACAGCAGACUCACGUAGGCACUGAAUUACACACUCCAGGUGUUUUUAUCGAAUUCAUGCUCAGAAAAGAGGAACCUGAACCUCCUGAAUCCAGUUCUGUACGUUUCCUUGCACUUCUUUUCACUGACUGAAGUUUCUAAAGUGCCAUUUUAUUGUAUGCAAUGUUUUGUUUUGUUUUCUUAUCAUAUUUAAUUUAUCUAAUUUAUAUCACUAAAUGCCUGUAAAAUAUAUUGUUAAUUAAACAAUUUUUUAAUAAAUAGUUUUUACCUGGA